GUGGCGCGAAACCUGCUCCCGUCGGGGCUGUGCGGAAUCGUCCCACAGCCACUCUUCGGGGUGUGCAGCCUCAGGCCCUUCCCCGCCGAGCUCAGCAGCCGGAGGCCGGCCUUGCCUGGCGUCUUCCCGCCGCGGGGCCGCAAGGGGCGGUGUGGCAGGGGACUCGGGGCCCAGAGGAAAGACAACUCCGGGCGUGGGGCUUAAGGCGGGCCGACCCGCCCCGGGCGUGUGCGGACUGGAGAGCGGAGGAACUCCCUCUGGGUGGGAAGGGCUGCCCACUCCCACGAGAUAACGUCGAGAAGGAAGGUAUGAGCUCCGGGCUUCCGACGGCCUGGUUCCGUGAACCAGUGACCUUUGAAGAUGUGACCCUGGGUUUUACUUCAGAGGAAUGGGGACUGCUGGACCUCGAACAGAAGUCCCUGUACAGGGAGGUGAUGCUGGAGAACUACAGGAACCUGGUCUCAGUGGAACAUCAGCUUUCCAAGCCAGAUGUGGUAUCUCAGUUAGAGGAGGAGGAAGCGCUCUGGUCGGUGGAGAGAGGAAUUCCUCAAGACACCUUUUCAGAGUAUCCUGUAGCUCAGUUGGACCCUCAGUUGGAUCCUCUUCCUGCUGGGAAUCCCCUGAUGAAGAUCAAAGUCGUUGAAGUCCUCACACUGAACCAAGAGGUAGCUCGUCCGCGAAACGCCCAGAUCCGGGCCCUCUAUGCUGAAGAUGAGGGCCUGAGCCCAGAUGUGCUCGGGGAGCCCACUCAACAGCUAGGCAAGCAUCCAGCUGAUCCCGAGGCCGCACGCCAGAGGUUCCGGGGCUUUUGCUUUGAGGAAGUGGCAGGGCCCCGAGAGGCCCUGGCCCGGCUGCGUGAGCUGUGCCGCCAGUGGCUGCGGCCCGAGGCGCACUCCAAGGAGCAGAUGCUGGAGCUGCUGGUGCUGGAGCAGUUCCUGGGCGCACUGCCCAGGAAGCUCCGGAUGUGGGUGGAGUCGCAGCACCCAGAGGACUGUCAGGAGGCAGUGUCCCUGGUGGAGGAUGUAACCUGGAUAUCUGAGGAGGAAACAUUACCCGCCCAGGACCCCUCCUGCUCUCUCCAGACCACAGCUCCUCAGGAAGAAAAGGAGGAGAACAUGACUACCUGGCCGGCGAAGGCACCACCUGAGGCACAGACUGUGGCAUUACAGGAACCAGUGACCUUCCUGGAUGUGGCCGUGGACUUCAGCAAGGAAGAGUGGGGGCUGCUGGACCUGACACAGAGGACCGAGUACCACGAUGUGAUGUUGGAAACCUUUGGACACCUGGUAUCUGUGGGGUGGGAGACUACACUGGAAAGUAAAGAGUUAACUACAAAGUCUGACAUUCCUGAGAAGGAACCAGCCCAUGACCUGAAAAUGGAAGAAUUCUCAAGGGAUGACACCUGGUCCCCUACGUCAAGAGACGUCUCACAGGGUGAGGCCCAGGAAGUCUUGGACACAGCACUGAAGCAGGUGGAGCCAACUCAGGAAGAAACCCUCCCUCAGAAAAGCCCCCCAUCCCGGGCAAACACUAGCCUUGUCACAAGCCAUAUUUCACUCCAGAAAACUCUCCCUAGAAAACGCUUGCGCAAGCGUGGCUCGCAGGUUAAGAAGGUGACGCGCGGUCCGUGUGUCAAAGUUCAUCAGAAGGGCCACAAAGGGGAAAAAGCCAGAGAAAAUAGUGGUUGUGGGAGAGCCUUCAGCCGGAGCGCUCAGCAGAUCACAUUCACAAGAAUCCACAAAGGGAGCCAAGUUUGCCGAUGCAGCGAAUGUGGCAAAACUUUCCGAAACCCAAGAUACUUCUCUGUACAUAAAAAAAUCCACACAGGAGAGAAGCCGUACGUGUGUCAGGACUGUGGGAAGGCAUUUGUUCAGAGCUCCUCCCUCACACAGCAUCAGAGAGUCCACACAGGAGAGAGGCCAUUUGAGUGUCAUGAGUGUGGGCGGACCUUCAAUGACCGCUCGGCCAUCUCCCAGCACCUGCGGACUCACACUGGAGCCAAGCCCUACCAGUGCCAGGACUGCGGGAAAGCCUUCCGCCAGAGCUCCCAUCUCAUCAGGCACCAGAGAACGCACACCGGGGAGCGCCCCUACACGUGCAACAAAUGCGGAAAGGCCUUCACCCAGAGCUCACACCUCAUUGGGCAUCAGAAGACACACAGUGGGGUGAAAUGCAAGAAGAAACAGCCUACCUCAUAGCCCUCCAGCUGAGCCAGUUGAAGAGACAAUGCCUUUUCAGCCUGAUCCUGCAACGUAACACGAACAGACCUGGUUGGCAUUCAGAACUGAAUGUGAAAAGCAGCAUUGAGUGAUGAUGUUCUCAAGACCAAAGGACAACCAGGGAGACCACCCUGCACAUGAGUAAAUAAGCAAAUUGGUGGGGAGUUGUUGCUAAUGAAUAUAGGUUGGAAAAACAUUUAAUUUUUCACUCACUUGAUUUGCCAUUAUAAUUUGUUUGCUCAUUUGGUCAUUAAAAAUGAUACUCGUGAAACCUGAAAAUGCUUAUAAUGUAAGUUUGAAAAGCCAGGUACCAAAAAGUCUGUGCACUGAUAUUAUAUUUGUGGUAAAGUAUUUAUGCAUAUGGACAAGGACUGAAAGAGAACAGGAUAAAUAAACUAUUUCUGUGAUAGAA